AUGGAAAUAUCUAAUGGUUCGGUCCUUCUCGCCUCUCCGAACCUGGCUACGGCUUCUUCAGUUCUCCGAAGUAAUAUCAUCAGCACUAUCGCCUCCGGAGAAACAUACGUUCUCAGUCUCGCAAACUUUGAUGGAAAAUAUGCUGCAAUGAGUUCUGGCUCAACAUCUAAUCCUACAAAGAAUGCGGCAAACAACAAAAACACUACGUGCCCAAUCUAUCUAUACUCUAAACAAACACUCCAGAGAGAACAGACACUACCAGGACACGAAAUUUCUUCAACGUUCAUGCGUUCGGUUGUUUCUGUAGCAGGUUCGGGUCGGCCUGUCCUCGUUAGCUCUGGGAAGGACGGAUCUGUGAGAGUUUGGGAUGAACGAAGUGGUGGAUAUGGGAUUCAAAUGACCGACUUGAGUAAAUCGCGUGCAUUCUUAUCGUUCGAUGUCUCUCUGGAUGGGUAUACAGUGGCUGCUGGUACAGAACUACACGGUGAUGACGUCUCGGUGUUGUACUGGGACCCCCGUCAACCAGCUGCUCCGCUUCGAACACAUAGCUCGACCCACUCCGAUGAUAUCACCGUUGUACAUUUCUCUCCGAGCACGCCUGGUGUGCUCCUCACUGCCUCAUCUGAUGGUCUGAUCUCACUUUCCAAUUCUGAAGAGACUGAUGAGGAUGAGGCAGUGGUCAAUGUUGGUAACUGGGGAUGUAGCGUCAGUCAGGCUGGAUGGCUACCUGAUGGGUCGCGGAUAUGGUGUGCAAGCGAUAUGGAAACCUUUAGUACCUGGUCGGAAGAGCUCGAUUUACUCCAAUCGCACGAUAUUCGUGGACCAUGCUUACAUAGUGGACCGAGGACAUGGGUUACGGACUACCUAAUCACUGCGUCUCCAUCUUCCCCUUCUGGCGAUAGUAGCUUGGAUGUCUUCGUUGGCUCCAACGAGUAA